AUGGCGGUGUCCGUCCCGCAGCGGGGGUCGGUGGUGGAGUUGCGGGGGGUGCUGCUGCCCCCGCGGCUGGCGCUGCCGCCUCCGCAGUGGGCGGCGGGCUCGGAUACCGAGGAGGAGGUCGAGGAGGAGCAGUACAUGGAGGAGGCCACGCUCCUGGAGGAUUCCGGGCCGGAGCUGGCGGCCGCGCUGCCCCCGCGUCGAGGCGUUGUUAUACAAGAAGACAACUCUAAAAAGGAGUGUGUAGUAGUUGGAUGUUUUCCAUUGGUUGACCCUUGGUGGAGAGUUAACAUUAAAGCUGAAAAAAGGGGGUCGACGUACUUUAUGCAAGGAUAUCCAUCAUACUUUCUGCGGACUGAUAUAGAAGAAAACAACCGACAAGUUUUUUCGCUCUUUCUUAAGGAAUGUGCUGUUCCUGAGGAUUUAAGCAAAAAGUUUUUUACUUGGCUUCCUAGGAGGUCUGUGCUGAGUUUUAGAAAUCUUGAAGAAAAACUAAAACAGUUCCAAGUUUCACACUUACAGACAGGGAAGAAUCAAGGAGACACCAGCGCUUAUGACAUCUUCUACCAUGUUUCAAAAUCAUUUGCAGGGAAGGCGGUAUUGGUAGCUCUGACUUUUCCGACGAUACUGGAGUUCUUGCCGAUUCUUCUGCCACAUCAUUUUUCCAGUCUGUUGGAUAUGGUGUGUUGGCAAAGAAAGACUGAAGAAAACAAUGGUAUGGAUGGUGAGGAAGUACCUUUUCAAGACAAGAUGCUAACAAAAUUGGAUGAGAUACUAAAGAAUGAGCCAUGGAAACUUGGAUUCAGCAGUAUUACCCGCAGGGAGCUGAACCUUUCUCGCUGUGAGGCAAUGUGGGCCGCCUUUUGUCAGUGUGAACAUCUCCUCUGGAAGAUUCCUGACUUGAAGAAGAAUGCAUUAAUUCUGUACAAUCAACUCAAGACACGGUGCAGAGACAUGGGACAUACUUACGAAGAACAAGAGGAAUUAGCUCGUUUUGUAUCUAAAGAUAUGUCCAUUGAGCAUGUUUGGCAAUCUCUUGAAUUUUUGAAAGAUCACAACAUAGUGAUUAGGGAGAAAAAACUAGUGUUUCUGCCAGAUCUUCACGAAUCUGAAAAAACCAUUGCAAAGUAUAUAGGCGACCUUCUGUCAAACCGCUCAUGGCAACUGGAUGUUGAUGUGAGAAAGAUACUUAAUGUUUCUGAGACAUCAAGAGAACUGCUAGAUAACAAAAUGAAUGUUACCCAGGCUCAUAAAAUGGAACAUCUGAAGGAAAAUAGUCCGAACAAUCAUAACUGUGAAAAUCCCUUUCCUGAAAAGGAAGUAGGGUCUACAUCUGGUACCCAAAGUAAAGCAGAGGUAGACUCACAUCAGGUGAUUGCUAUGGAAAAGAUUUGUUCUAAUCCUGUCACAAUCAUAAGUGGAAAAGGAGGCUCUGGGAAGAGCACAAUAGUUAGCUGCCUUUUUCAUCACUUAAUGCAGAUAGAAAAAGAAGUGGAAGCUGCUUCUAAAGACUUUGAAGAAGACCUGGAUGCAUCUGAGAAAUGGAAUACCUUUGAUUGUCAUUGGGAGUCAGAGAACAUGCACACAAAAAAACAUUUAAAUGUACUAUUUACUGCACCUACAGGGAGCGCAGCAAACCUUUUGAGUGAAAAAACUAAGCUUCCUGCAUAUACACUGCAUCAGAUCAUCUUUAGUUUUAAACGGUGGAAGCAGAGUGGACAAGUACAGCCGUGGAAGUUUUCUACUGUGACGGUUCUGAUUGUGGAUGAAGGAAGUUUGGUGUCUGUACGGAUUUUUAGUUUCGUUUUAAAACUCUUGUGUGAGAAUGCUCAGCUUUCCAAACUUAUUAUUCUAGGUGAUACUAGACAGCUACCAAGCAUAGCUCCAGGAAACAUGUUAGCUGAUGUCUUUGAGGGUCUAAAAUCAAGAGGCUUUUCUGUGGAACUGCAAACUAAUCACAGAGCUGAAUCGCAACUAAUUGUAGAUAAUGCAUCAAGAAUCUCUCAGCGGAUGUUUCCUGAAUUUGAUGAGGUGCUGGAAGUUCCUGGUUGGAAUGAGGAAAUGACAAUGCCAAGCCCAGAGAAGAAAUUCAUUUUUAUUACUUUGCCUGCUGGUGGGGGUUGUGACAAUUUGCAAACUGCUAUAAAGGCUUUACUUAAAAAAGGACCAGGAUUGGAGGAUGCCAAACAAUCGCAGUUCAUUGCUUUCAGAAGGAAAGAUUGUGAUCUAAUAAAUGAACUUUGCUGCCAACACUAUUCAAAUCAUGUAACCAGAGACCAUAAAAACCAACCUUCAUUUCAAAUUAAUGACAAGAUUGUCUGCACGCGGAAUACAUAUCUCAGGGAUCUCUUGCCAGACUGUGGUUUCAGAGAGGAUCCUAAGCACCAUGAAAGCAAAAGUGGAGAAACGGCUCAUGCUACAGAGGCUGCUGAGGAGGGCAAACGACUAUGCAAUGGGGAUGUAUUUUUCAUAACAGGGGAUGUAGAGACUGAUAAACAGCGUUUUUUGACCAUCAGCAGCGUGUACGGCCCCACUUUCACUGUGAAGUAUAAGGCACUGAAGAAUCUGUGUCACAUCAAACAUGCAUGGGCCAAACUAUCUUAAUUUGAUAAGGUGUUCUUAAACACAUUUCAGGGUUCUGAGGCAAAAACCAUUGUCUACGUGGUUGGCAAUGUUGGCCGUCAGCACUGGCAGCAUGUGUACACAGCCGUGACCAGAGGACGCUGCCGUGUCUAUGUUAUAGCUGAAGAGCUGCACCUCAGGAGAGCGGUCGCUAACAAGAAUAUACCCAGAAAAACUCGCUUAGAGACAUUUUUGAGAGCGGCAAUCGCAGAAGCAAGCAACUGUCCCAAACAAACUUCCUCUUCCCUGACGAAGAGCUGGCAAAGUCAACUUGAGACUCGGUCCGUUUCCGUAACUCAAGGUGCUCCUGACCCAUCCGCACCUCUGACUGACUUGUUUAAACAGGAAGGGUCAGCAGUUCUCAAUAAAGAAGAGCAGACGAGCAAGCUGCAGCCGUAUCAAUGUAAAAGACAACAAACUCUUGCAGAGAAUUCCGAGGAUGCAACAGUACAAGAUUCCCCACUUGAGUCUUCCAGACUUCUGAAUCUAACUUUGGAACAACCGACUCCAAGGAAGCUUUUCAAAAGCUUAACAAACCAUUAACUGUCCUUGUUGUGAACCUUUCUUGAACCUGUUUCCUUCAAGAUUUGGAAGAGGGAAGCAGGGUAUGCAGAUUUUCAAAGGCUUUUCUGUAUUUGCAUGUUCUGUGAAGAACAGCUUGUUUUAAAGCAAGACUUUUAUAUUUUCAGUGAUCUGUUCUUAGUAGGUGAUUCCUUGGUGUGUCAGUCAUCAAAAAUCCUAUCAUUCUUUUGUUUUGGUGAAG